AUGUUCUUUUCCUCACGCUCCAGGUCAUACAGGCCAUUGAGUCUGACACCACAAGAAGUCAUUGACUCUGAGAGUGAUGACGACCACAAAGCAAAGCUGCAUGAAACUUCACGAACUGUGCAGUCUGUGCUCCAUUGGCCUCUUGUCAUCGUAAUCUUCUGCACGUUCCUUAACCUGUUACUGGUCUAUACCCCUGCCUUUCUCCAAGACUCUUCAGUAUUUUCAGACAAACUUAUCACUCGUAAGAAUGUUCACCUUCUUCGUCGUCCUUCACAAUAUAUGCGGUUCGACGAGAUCGCACGGACGUCGCCUCCUAUUCAGAGAGAGUUCACAAGUUUCCCCAUGUCUGUCAGCUUGGUGGAUUAUUCUGCGCCGAGUCAUGUUUUCAAUGACUAUCUUGCGAUGCGCACGACACGUGCCGGCACAAUCUCGCCUGAUGACCGCAAAGUCCACGUUACACAAACUGUUUCAACAAUAUUUCAAUUCAGGGCGAUUGACUGGGGCAUGGAAAAUUGCGAAUUGCACGUCGCCGUUCCGCCUAUGGACCGACCAACUACCCUUGCUUUAUAUCGCCUCAAUGCCACUGUACCAGUUGAUAUUUCAACGUUGUCGUUUAACGUCCGACCACCACGAGUCGCAAAAAUUGAUAACAUAGUGCUAGGGCAAGACAGCUUGGACUGGCACAGAAAACUUUCUUGUGUAACGGACGACGUCCUAGUUUUCGAGUUGGGAUGUUCGGAGGAUGAACCAAGCGGUAGCUGCGAUAUAGAAUGGUGGCAGGCUCACAAGGACACUGCACCAGCUGUCUACAUGAUCCAGCGUUCCACUGUGUAACUUGAUUUUCCUCGAAUUUUUGUCAUCGAGACGAAACAUCUGGCUUAUUUAACAGGUUUCAACAUUUGGUUACAAUCCUGUAUCAUCCUACUUGCCAUCAGCCAUCUUACUCGUGUACUUGCGAAUGUGGA